UUCCCCGGCUCCUCUGACACACAUGUUGUGUCUCUUCCAGUCUACAGAGAGACCCACAGCCACUGCAAACCCUUUCCUCCAGCCCCAGGGCCACACUUCCAGCGGGGGCCCCUCCACCAUGUCCAACAAAGGGGACUUCACCUCUCCAGAUCCACCUGUGGAACAUUCCAGAAGUGGAACAGAUGUCGCGGUGAUCGCAAGUGUGGUCAUCCUUGUGAUCCUAAUCCUUGUGAUCCUCAUGGUCGUGGUGCUCCGGUACACAUGCAGACACAAGGGGACGUAUUUCACCAAUGAGGCCAAGGGCACGGAAUUUGCAGAGAAUGCCGACGCUGCCCUGAAAAAUGACCCGUCGCUGCAAGAGUCCAAAGACGAGUCAAAGAAAGAAUAUUUUAUCUGAGAGGACAGAGAAUCGUCUCUCCACCCCCUCACCAUACUCAACGUGUUUACAUCGGGAAACACUACCGCGUUCUACGGCAGAAGAACUCUAUCAAAGUCCUGUUUCUCAGAGCGGUGCCCAUUGUGUCUCAGGGGAUCACCACUAACAUGCUUUAUGGUCUAGUUUACAUGUGGAUUAUGUAACCAGAACAGCGAGGUUCCACGAAUAUCACAUGUUCCACCCUGUUCUUGGACAAUCAACAUUUGUCUUGACAAAUUCUAGGAUGAUUCGCUUAGGGGGACUCAUUAGAACUGAAGAAGUGGAUUGGAUAAGUUCCCAAAUGUCUUCAACAUUAUAGAACAAGUCCAGUUGAAUGUGACUAACUACUGCUAGAUAUAUCAUGACCUGGAUAUAUAUAAAUAUAUGGUCUUCCAAAAGUUUCCGCACUUUCAUAAAUAUAUAACUUAGUUAAAAAAGCUCCUCCGGCACCGCGCACGUGCCCACAGUAUCUAUUACAUGAAACGACUUAUGGGUAUGUCGUUCCGCGCAAUAGAGCCGUCCUGCUGCAGUAUUCGUGCGGUGGGCGGUCUUUAAGACUUCAUCUAUAAUACAGUAUAUACAAAAUAGGGAACAUGGUUCAACAGGGUAAAACUGGAGGUGGAAGAAACAGUCAGGAGGGAGGCCAGAAUUGAAAUUAGG